AGUUUAAAUGCGGUCAGGUGGCUGUGCUGAGUGAUGGUGAGUCAUUUGGGGGAGUAAAUAAGUGAAGGGAUGCAGUGAUGGUGGUGGUCAACUUGUCCUUCAGUGCUUGCGGAUUUCUGGGUAUCUAUCAACUAGGUGUAGUCGAUGCUGUCCUCACACAUGGGCACAGGCUGCUGUCGUGUUUGAGAGCCUGCGCUGGGGCAUCAGCUGGAGCUCUGGUGGCUGCUGUUCUCAUCACAGCUCCUGACAAGCUGGAGCAUUGUAAAGAAUUUACUUACAGAUUUGCCAGCAAUGUCAGAAAACAGAAGCUUGGUGCGAUGACGCCUGGAUAUAACUUCAUGAUUGAGCUGAGAGGUGGCAUCGAGCACAUCCUGCCUCCCGACGCUCACCUGUUGGCCAACGAGCGUCUCCACGUCUCUGUAACCAACUGCAGGACGGGGAGGAACAGCGUGGUGUCCAGCUUCCCCUCCAGAGAACACCUCAUUCAGGUUCUUCUGGCCAGCAGCUUUGUUCCUCUGUAUGCAGGAGUGAAGCCAGUGGAAUUCCAGGGCCAGAAGUGGAUGGAUGGGGGUUUUACUGACAGUCUUCCUAUCCUUCCGAUGGGACGGACCAUCACCGUGUCUCCAUUCAGCGGCCCGCAAGACGUGUGCCCGCCUCACACGGGUCGCAAGAAGCUGAACCUUAGACUGGCGAACAUGACGGUUACACUUUCCACUGAGAACAUCAAACGACUGAACCAGGCCUUGUUCCCACCGUCCCUGCUCCGAAUGCAAGAGCUGCAUCAAGAAGGCUAUGAAGAUGCACUGCGCUUUCUCAGGACAGAGGGCUGGACACAGGAGUAAAAAUCACAGCUUUGUUUUAUUCAGUUUAUUUAACCUAGAUAAUAAAUGAACUUGUUUUUUAGGCAAGUUUUAGUGUUUGUUGGGGGGUUAUUUUAAGGGUAAAGUCUUAAUUGAAGCAAGAUGUGUGUGUACUGUAUAAUAUGUACAUUUAUUCUCAGAAUAGGUUGAUGCUGGAAAUUCUUUUGACACAAUAGUUCUUAAAUAAGAGUUUAAUUUUAUAAUUACACACAGACUGAGCUGCUUUUUUUUUUUUUCUUUUUUCCCCCCCAAGCUUUUUUGUGUUUGGUGGUAGUGGAAGGUGUUCGUUGGAAUCAAGUGUUAACGCAUGGUUUUGUGGUUAUGGCAUAUUGGUUUAUUGUUUAUGAGCAACAAGCAGCAUUAAAAACAGUCAGCUUGUGAGCAAUGAACAAGCAAUGGAAAUGAUUUUGAUUUUCUCUGAAAUGAGUUACUCAGUGCCAUGGAUCUUGACGUGAGGUCUGUGGAACACAUCUAAGAAGUCCCUGAUGAGACCUACCGUUUUUUUUACAUUUUUAUUUAUUAUUAAAUUUGUAUAUUUAACCUGUUUUUUUUUUUUUUUUUUUGUUUUUUUGUUUUUUAAUUUAAUAGGUUAUGUAGGUUAAUGUCUGCCAGUGUGCCAAGCAUUUCAGGCCAUGUCCAAAAUCGCUCCCUACUCGCUAUAUAGGGCACUAUAUAGUGAGGACGCCAUUUUGUAGUGCUGUCCAAAACCUUAGUGAGGAUUAUUUGUACCCAAUAUAGUGCACUCAAAGUAUCCCACAAUGCAUCACAAAAAGUAGUGUACAAUGAUGGUCAUUAACCAAAGCAAUAUAUCUCAUCAUGCAUUGCGGUUGCGCUGAAAAAUCAAAUUAAAAGUCUCAAAUUUGUUUUAAUAAAAGGCAGCGGCAAAGAAGAAAGUAUUCAGCCUUGAUUUAAAAGAACUGAAAGAUGCAGGUACUUUGUAUUUAAUGUGGGAAAUAUGCUCAGUAUAAUAUCACAAAAAUACAUGCAUGUAUUUUAUUAUUUUGAAAACCCACCAGCCGACUGAUCUGGCGCAUUUUAAUUGCGUGACAGUGAUUGUAAAUAACAGCAUGAUGGAGUAGUGUCCGAAAGAGUGUGGUGUUUUUUUUUUUUUUCAUUUUACAAUUGAGCUCACUAUAUAGUCCUCUAUAUCGUAAUUCCCUAUAGAGGGAGUAGUGAACAAGUGAGCAACUUUGGACACAGGGAGGGUUUAGUUGAUGAAAAACGUUGGAAAUGUUAGAUGUGGAACAAAAAGUCUUUGGGAAUAGGGACCAUAUUUGAACCAUAUUGGGUACCAUUCGGGUAAACAGUAUCUAAAUGGCAAAGGAGGUCUACAAUGUGAUGGACUGGAAUUUGAUUCUUGAGGUGUGUAUUGGGACUUGGAUCUCAUGUGAUGCAAAAAAAAAAAGUUGCAGGUCGUCAGAAAUUGAACUUUGUUCAUUAACUUAGGAACACAUCAGACAUGGCAGAUUUCUCAAUUAGACACAUUUGCAUGUUCAUCCAUUCAUCUUCAGUAAAAUCAAUUCAGUAUAAAUUACUACUGUAUUUGGUUUAUAUUUUAGAAAACUGGUCCAACUAAGUUUAUUAGUUUUUGCACUGCAGGCAGAUAUAUCCAAAAAUGACCAGCUGGAUGGCUGGGAUUGAUCAUAAUUCCCUCAUGAGUGCUCUAUUUGAAGCAAUGGUUAGGUGACCGAGGGCAGGGAGUGUAUCUCUGCAGCACAUAUGCUGUGGCUUGGCAUGGUCCAGCUGAUGAGUGUGAUUUCAGUGUGGUGCCAAUCAGAGUAAAUACAUGAUUAUGGCCAUUGAUAAAAGCUGGGGUUUAUUAGCUGAGAAGUCAUGGCCUCAUGGUUAGAGAAGCAGCUUUGGGACCAAAAAGUCGCUGGUUUACAAACCUCAAUCACGUCCAUGAAAGUGAACCUGAACCUAAUGAUAGGUGUUUUUUUGUUUUGUUUUUUUUCCAUAAAAAUGAAGUGAAAAGUUGAGCAAUGAAACAUCUCUGGCUCUUAAAAAAAAAAAGAAUAGGCAAGGCAAUGUAUUAUUGUAUGUAUUUAAAUAAUGAGCUUAGUGUUUUAGUUUUACUGCAUUCAUCAUUGGAUUUUAUUUUACAGUUAAAGAGGUCCUUGUCUGCAAACAUUGAGAUCCCUUGCCUGAGUGAAAAAUAAAGUGGAAAAUUUUGCAAAA